UAUAUAGGGAUUGGCUAAUAUUGUAGUCUCAGCCAAUAAGUUUAUUUGUCUAGCCAGUUUUAAUGCUGACAGCUAUUUAAUGACCCUUCUAAAUCCAUGUGGGAGAGGCCAGUCAGAAAGGUGUUCGCGGUGCCCGAUCUGUACUAUAAGGAGGGCUGGGACAUUCUGUGUUUAAUCAAGCAGUAAACACAUUUUCAUCAUGGCAUCGAGUGUAGUGAGGUCUCUUUUAAGGAAAAGGCAGGUACCUAUUAAGGUUGGGCGCAUGUGUUACUCCUCACUGCAAACCACAAAGUUGUUUAUUGACGGCAAGUUUGUUGAAUCCAACAGUUCAGAAUGGUUAGAUAUUCAUAAUCCGGCCACUAAUGAGGUGAUAGCCCGCGUCCCGAAGGCUACGCAGGAUGAGAUGCAGGCGGCUGUGGACUCCUGCUCACGAUCCUACCACUCCUGGUCUGAUACCUCCAUCUUGGCACGCCAACAGAUCUUUCUGCGCUAUCAGCAGAUUAUCAAGGACAACAUUAAAGAACUUUCCAAAAGCAUUACUCUGGAGCAGGGCAAGACCCUGGCAGAUGCAGAGGGCGAUGUGUUCAGAGGAUUGCAGGUGGUGGAGCACGCCUGCAGUAUCACCUCUCUGAUGCUGGGAGAGACCCUCCCCUCUCUUACAAAAGACAUGGAUAUCUACACCUACCGCCUGCCCAUUGGGGUGUGUGCUGGCAUCGCCCCCUUCAACUUCCCAGCCAUGAUCCCUCUGUGGAUGUUCCCCAUGGGCAUGGUCUGCGGCAACACCUAUCUGCUGAAGCCCUCAGAGCGUGUGCCAGCCUGCACCAUGCUCCUGGCCAAGAUGCUGCAGGACGCCGGGGUGCCAGACGGGACCUUGAACAUCAUCCAUGGCCAGCAUGACGCUGUCAACUUCAUCUGUGAUCAUCCAGCAAUCAAGGCCAUCAGCUUUGUGGGCUCUAACAAAGCCGGAGAGUACAUCUAUGAGAGGGGAUCCAAAAACGGCAAGAGGGUGCAGUCCAACAUGGGAGCGAAGAACCAUGGCGUGGUGAUGCCUGAUGCCAAUAAGGAGAACACUCUAAACCAGCUGGUGGGUGCGGCGUUCGGAGCGGCAGGACAGCGCUGCAUGGCCCUCUCCACAGCCGUCCUGGUGGGCGAGGCCCGCAGCUGGCUGCCUCAACUGGUGGAACGUGCCAAGGCCCUGCGCGUAAACGCAGGGGACCAGGCGGGUGUGGAUGUGGGGCCCCUGAUCUCCCCUCAAGCGAAGGAGAGGGUCAAUCGCCUGAUCCAGAGUGGGGUUGAUGAAGGAGCCAAGCUGCUGCUCGAUGGCCGGAAUGUCAGAGUCGUGGGUCACGAGAACGGAAACUUUGUGGGGCCCACCAUCAUCAGCAAUGUUACACCCCAGAUGACAUGCUACAGAGAGGAGAUCUUUGGGCCUGUUUUGCUUGUUCUGGAGGCCGAGUCCUUGGAUGACGCCAUCAGGCUGGUAAACAGUAAUCCUUAUGGCAACGGCACAGCUAUCUUCACCACCAACGGAGCCACGGCACGCAAAUACACUCAUGAGGUGGACGUAGGCCAGAUUGGGGUGAACAUUCCCAUCCCGGUUCCUUUGCCCAUGUUCUCCUUCACUGGCUCUCGGGCCUCCUUUAGAGGAGACACCAACUUCUAUGGCAAACAAGGCAUCCAGUUUUACACACAGAUCAAAACUGUUAUUUCACAAUGGAAGGCAGAAGAUGCAACUGUGAAGACUCCUGCAGUUUCUAUGCCGACCAUGGGACGCUAACAGGUCAGGAUGAAGAACAAUAUGAACGUCUUUUGUGAUGCAACUUCUCCAUUUUGGUGUAGACACAGUUGGUGCUCAGUUAUGGAAGGUGCAAUCCCAUAGCCAUGAGGAGCUAAUUACCCUGACAUUUUACUUCAUAUGUAGAAUUUGUACACAUGAUUCAAUAGUACUUUAAGAUGAAUUCACUCAGCAAUUAUUUGACUCCACUGUUGAAUGAAGGUUUCUUGUUCUACAAACGUUUCGGCUAAUUCUGUGUAUCUGAUCAAAAUAGUUUGAAGUACUUGCUCAUCUUUUCUUUGUAGCUAUGCAACGUCAGUCUUUGAAAUAUACUGGGUACCCAACAUUAGGCCCUUCAGGAAUAUAUGGCUGUCACAUGCAAUGCCACCAUUAAUCAUGCAUGUUAUUCACACUUUCUGUGGUGCAGAAUGUGUCAACAUUUCAUAAUGGAAAAAACAAGGACCUUGAUGAAAGGUCAUAAUGAAACAUAUUUAAAGCCCAGCACCCUCAAAAUUAUUGGGGAUAAUAGUAUUAGGUUGAAAUAUUACUGGAUGUAAUAUUUCUUUUUUUUUGUAUAAGAAUUGUUUGAAAUGAAUGCCUAUCAUUUAAAGAUGUUUAUGGGAUGGUUCUUUUGGUCUUACUGUCACAAGGCUGAUUUAAAUAUAAUAGACCAGUGAAUGUUGAGCUGGGUAAGGGAAUAUGCUGUAGAGCAUCCUAUAUAUAUUAAACUCUUUAAACUGGUUUCAUAAUGCCUGCAAAAGCAAACUUCAUUUGCAAAAGGAGGCCCUGAAAAAAAAAUUUAUAAAAAAAAUCCCAUUUGGGAUUAUAAAACCAUGGGGUUUAUUAGAGAAAUUACAAAAAUAAAUAAAAAAUACAUCAAAUUAAAAAGACUGCAAAAUGACUUUAAUAAAGACAUCCUUUUGAAUCUAACCCUGUAUUAUACAGCUGCCUGUCUUAUUUUUAAGCUGAAGCAUGGCUUUUGAUAGUUUAAUAACAAUGAGAAACAUGUAAUCAUACACUUGACUCUAGAGAUUCUUAAUUUGGAGCAGCACGUCUCAGACUAAUAAGGGCUAACGUUGUAGAGGACAGUCUGGAAGAGGUCAUGUGGCCCGGAUAUCUGGCAGGGUGCUCUGGUUAGAGGGCAGGUUAGACACAGGCGCCUGGGUGAUGAAGGUCACUUGGGACAGCUCCUUUGUAAUUCUGCCAGACAGCACUUCAUUAUGUAUGUGCAAGUAUGAUAAAUGAAGCACUGACUCUUUACUGAAUGUUUCGGUGGGUAAACAUGCUCUGUGGGAUAGAUAAAUCUACUGAAGCUUUGUAAUUACAAAACAAACACCAAGACUGUCGUGUGAGGAAGCAUUAUUUUGGUCUCUUACCCGGGAUCAGUAUCAUUCUGGUUCCCGUCUGAAGAUGUAGACAAGGCCAAAGGUUGGCUCAGAAUCCUGCAAAAUAAAGUUUCAUUAAAGAAAGGCUUGCAUUACCACACUGUGGCACCUGGUCUCUCUAGUUGUUUAUGGCAGAAAUACCUUGUAAGGGUUCCAUCAGGUCAUUAUUGUUCAUACUCUACUGGGUUGUAAGGCUAGGAGCCAUGGUCAUGAAUGUAAACUCAGCCCACCGAUCCAGUCUAUGAAUUCAGAUACCCUGCACUCAACUUAAAUCAUGUUGCCAGCAGUUCCCCCGACCGCAGGCGUUCAAAGAACUAAAUCAACCCCUUGGGCACAUGAACUGGGGCCAAGAGGCUAAAGGCAAAUCGGCAUGGCCAGAUGUUUGUUUCCAAGCACACGACUCUGUGGCUGAACCUAUUUUUACUAUUGUGCCCAGACUUUCUUCAUUCUUUUUAAACAGCUGGAUGGAAAAUAAAAUUGCUUUAGACCUAACUGAUGUUUUAUGGUAUCCUCUUCUGCUGAGAAAAGGGCUGUUUAAGACAUUAAAAAGAAGGACAAGUCACAAAUAAAGGCCUCUCCCAGACUGCA